CUAUGGCAUUUUUAAACGGUCCCAGACUGUUGGACUGGGCAAACUCUCCUCCGCAUUUACAGUUCAACAAAUAUGUCCUGACUGGUUAUAGACCCAUUUCCUCCGUCCAGGAGUGUAUCAAGAGUCUCUUCUAUCUGCACAAUGAGCUAGGAAACAUCUACACACAUGGAAUCCCUCUGCUCUGCUUCCUGGUGCUGCUUCCGCUCAACAUCCCCUGGUCACAGAUCAGCGUGACAUGGCUCGGCGUGGUGCACUUCCUGGCCUGCUUGUCGCCGCAACUGGGCUCAGUGGUCUACCACCUCUUCAUGAACCAUGAGGGCGGCGAGCCCGUCUAUAAAACCCUGCUCACGCUAGAUAUGUGCGGAAUCUGCAUGAUCAACACGCUAGGAGCUCUACCCAUCGUGUACAGCACACUUCUCUGCUACCCCUUCACCCGCACAGUGGCUCUGCUGAUGUACAUCCUGCUAUCAAGUUACGCCAUCUACUGUGCCAUCACAGCACGCAGCAGAGUGCGGCGUCUGCGUUCCUUUGCCUGGCAGUUACUUUACCGCUUCUCAUUUUUCCUUUUGCGCUGGGUAGGUGUGGGCGGAGGGAGUCCCACCUCACUGCGUCACUUUCUCACCAUGGAUGCACUAGCAGUGUUGGGCGGGGUCAUCAAUAUCACCCGAAUCCCCGAGCGGUUCCGCCCGGGCCUCUUUGACUACUGGUGCAACAGCCAUCAGAUCAUGCAUGUGCUGGUGGUGGUCUCCAUACUGUACCUACACUGGGGGGUGCUGGAUGACUUACUGUGGAUCAACACCUAUCACUGUCCCUCAGACUGACAGUGGCCCCUGCUAGUCUGGAAUCGUGGGUAAUAGGGUGUGAGGACCUCUUUUAGUAACGAGAUGUUUGGGAAUGCGACGUAAUUGGGCAAAGAACGGUAUGGGGUGGGGGGAGACUGUUGUGCUUUGUAUAUAAAUGUGUGCACGAAAGUCCAUAAGAAGUGUUUUACAUGUUUUUUAGGAGACACCAGUGCCAGCUUCGACACACAUGCUUGUUUGUGCUGUCAGUAGCCAGAAUGUACAUAUCCGUGUUUGCAUAAACAUUGUCUGUGCAUGGCACUGUUUAGACCUACUAGCUCAAAGGCAAAUUUUUUUUUUUUUGGUUUGAGACCUACACAUUCUAUAGGCGUAUACACACACACACACACACAUACAGGAUCUGACAUUAUUCGAUGUCAUAUAUUCACCAGCGUUUAAAGCAUUUCUUAAAUAACCCUCUAAAUUUAGUUUUAGCUGAACAAUAAAAGAACAUAACGAGCCCUCAAAUGAUUGGCUCUCGAAAAGCGAGAUUUAACAUAUCACAAUCUAAAACUCGUUGCUCAAAUAGCAUGGCUUUUGUGAAAACUAAGUACGGUUUGUCUCUAUUCUCAAUUUUGCUGGUGACACAAACAAAGAUCGCUGGUGCAGAAAUAUAUCCACCUCCAACUUUCAACUUGCUACUCUAUUGCAGACUAUGCAGCAUAUCACAUGUUAUAUCAAUGCUAACACUACACACACAAAAUGUACUGUAAGCCCAGUCUCACAGCAACAUUUACUGGAAAUACUUGAGUUGUUUUUUAUCUGUUUUAUCAUGCUUGGUUUUUUUUUUCGUGCCGUCUUUAUGUUCAGGUCCAUAUUUUUCACAUUCAUACCAAUUAGCUGCAAGUCAAGGGUGAAGGGGUCAUUUCUUGGGUUGUAACCUUGCCAUUUUUAUUUUUAUUAGGUGAUUAAAGUUGCUGAGUGCUCAUUUUAAUUUUUUGAGUGCCCUCUAUGACUUUAAUCAUGUUUGUUAGCAUCUAAGGGGAACUUAUUCAAUGCCGUUUUUUUUUUUUUUUGCAGGAGCACGACUUUAAAAACACCCUGGGAAACAUUUCACGUUACCCGCAGAGGAUAUUUUCUCUGCUUUGCCGCCGAACAGUCGAUUCAACCUUGUACACAUGUGGUUUUAAUAUCCUAGUCUGUAGUUUGGAAGAUUGGAUUUUGUAGUGCUCUAAAUUAGAAUUCAUUUCUUUCUGACCUUUGACCUCAAUUAUCUAUGUAACCUUGGAUUCAAGACUAGGCAAAUUAUUUUUUUAAUGGCAUGCUGUUUGCACAAAGGCUUUAAUUCUCUGCUGGCUAUCCUCGACCAAUGCACACCUGAUGGUCCUGCUCAUCAGAUGUGGCAGAGGAAUGUUAGACUUCAGAAUGGAGUAAAAUUACUCAUGCCAAUACACUAUGAAUUUGCCAAUGAAGACUAGGAGAAUAUUGGUAUUGCUCACUUGUGCCAAAUUCUUGAUAUAUGUAAGGUUUAUUUAAAGCCCGGGACACACCAAGCUGACGGUCGGCCAACUAAGUUUUCUCAGUGUGUUCCGCACCGUCGGCUGAAGUUGGUCCUCGUCGGCUUUUUUUCGGACGAUUCGACAUGUUGAAUCGGCGUCGGAGCUCGUCGGUCAGUCGGGCCAUCUGAUCAUUCUGAUUGGCUGUUCAGCUACUGCCACCUGCUGGUACAGAAAGGCAUUUCUUGUUACGCAGGCGCAGAACGGACGUGCUGCUUGGCCGUCGGGUGUCGAGCGUCGGUUUGGUGUGUCAGGGCAACUUUGGACCCAGACGCUGCCGACGUGAGCCAACCCCGCAGUCUGCUUUCGUCGCCACUAGUUCGUCGCCGUCAGCUUGGUGUGUUCCGGGCUUAAGUCUUUAGUAAUGGUAUGAAUUUGAUUUGAUAUAAAUCAUUAUGGCCCCUCUGAUUUAAAGGGUUAGUUCACUUAAAAAUAAAAUUUCUGUCAUUAAUUACUCACCCUCAUGUCGUACCAAACCCGUAAGACCUUUGUUCGUCUUCGGGAACACAAAUUAAGUCGAACAUGUCGUUCCACACUUACGAGUGUGGAAUGACAUGAGGGUGAGUAAUUGAUAGAAAUUUCAUUUUUGGGUGAACUAACCCUUUAAGAUAAAGGCUUCAGGUUUAACAGAGUUGAAAAAAGUCUCAUCUACAUCUACUUAAGAAUGUGAUUUAAAGUGAAGGAAAUCAGUUCUUAUAGCAGAUUGCACUAUGGAGAUGUUGACAUUGUUCCAAAUGGGCUGUAUUAUGCGACUGCAUUUUUUGCACAUUUGAAUUUGUUACCUUAGCAUGCUUAUGCACUACUGAGAGGAACAAACCAAGAAUGACCCUUCUUACCCUUCCAACCUCACUAGUUUUAAAGCAAUGUGAUAACUUUGUUGACACAAUCACUAUGUAGCUUUCAGAAUGAACAUCAGUGAGGCCUGCCAUACAUUUCAGUUCAAUUACCUCCAAUAUCCGUAUCACUGGCAUUAUAUUUAUCUUAUUUAUGAUUAUGUUUUACUGUUUGGAAAUGUUUGAUGAUAUUUUAUUUGAAUGCAAUUACUACUGUGUUUUUAUUAUUAUUAUUUUAACCAGUUGGGGAUCACAUAUCUUUACAUAACAACAGUACUCUGAUAGUCCUAUAGCCGAGGUCAGACCUAUUAGUGUAGAAUCGGUGCAUGUUAGGUAGAAUGUUACUCGGAUGUAUCUGACAAAAACUUAAAAACUCUAUGCCAAAUUAUCUGUUUUUUUUGGGGCUUCAGGUGUCAUACAUGAUGGUCCUGAUCUUAGCAGACCAGCAUGGUUUUAAAUAUAAGCCACAAAUACAGUCCCUCAGAACAGAGCCGAUUUACCCCAACCCCUUUAAUGCUAUUAUUAAACGACAAACAUUAGACUCUGAAAUCAAGUGGUGCAUGUAAAUACUAGUAAACCAAUCCCCUUAAACACAACAUGCAAUUUCCUGAUGCUUGCGCAAUGCAGCCACUGACAUUUGUGCUUAAUGUGCGGUAACAGAGCUAAUGCAUCAAAUAUAUCUGUCUAUAGAAAGGGAAUAAAAUCAAGAAAGCAGCCCAGAGGCAAUACAACCAUAUCAAGUAAUUACCUGCACUGUUUAUUUUUUUUUUACCAAAAGGGCUUUUGGAUCAAAGUGAAAACCAAUUAAGAACUCCAUAUGGGUAACAUAAAUACCUGUAUGUAGACUAUAUGCAUAAAAUGCAAGCGGCAUACAUACUGACAUUUUUAUAUAUUCAUAUUAAUAUUUAAAGCAACAAUGUUGGAAGAAAAUAUAUUGAAUGUUAAUGUAUUUCAUCUCAGAGGGCGACACUUAAUAUGAAUUGUCCGAUUUCAUUUGGAAGACAGCAGUGAUUUGAUCUAUCUGUGUACGUGUAAAAAGCUAAAAUUGUGACAUAACAAGGACAGGCCUGGCAGCAGAGCUAACAAUGCUGUUACAUUAUUUACUAGGGUUAAUGUCAUAAUAUGUCUGUACUACUAUGAUGUCAUAAUGUCAUUAACACGGUCUUUGGUUUUUAAACAGUUUAGAAGGGAUUGUAUUAUAGUUUGGUCGGCAAAAUCUCUUUUUUACAUAAUGAAAAGUAGGGAGAGGCUGCAAUACAGAUAUUUUGGUUUGAAAAACGGGGGUCCUGAUAUGUUAUUACCUCUGAAACCCACUGGAUAACUAUGCAUAAUCAAAAUAUGUACAUAUAUAUAUAUACACACAAACAUGUUUGUACGUGUGAAUUCCAAAAACAAGAUGUUUUACCAGUCCUGAAAAGAAACAGAUUUGUGUAUUCACACCAACUUGUUUUGCUCAGACCAUGCCAUCCUGGGGUUUCCUCUUCUCAGGGUGCCCUGUCAGUGCUCACUUGUACUGAGUGACCUCAACAACUGAUUUUGGGCCAGUUUUCUUUUCAUCCUGUCAUGUCGUCUUUGCUUGUUCUGGUUAAAAUUGAAGACUGAAAAAAAACAUGAUGACAGUUCUAUGUUUUUAAGGGCAAAGAUCGUGAUGGUUUGUCAGCCAUCAAGCAUUUGGACCAUGCAUCCUUCUUGAUGCAUAUUGCCUUUGUGGGGCCGAAUGUGUCCAUAAAUGCUGAUCAAGAAUGUGUUUAUUUAUGUAGUUAGGUGAUGUGAGAAUGUGCAGAGCAUGUUACAUUGAGCCCUAAAGGAAAUGGAUUGCAUCAUAACCCAUGUUUUAGAGGAGGAACAAGGAUGAUGUUCUCCUGUCUGUAUAUUCUAAUGUACUGUGGUAAAAAAAAAAUAAUGACAUGAUGUAUGAAACUAUAAUAACAUUUUUUUUUUCUUAGUAUGCAGGUGCUGGAUAGCCUGUUAAUGAUAAUUUAAAAACUACUCGUUAGUUACACUUUGCAUUAUUAUGAUAAUGGAUAUAUUGUUAUUAUUAUUAUUAUUAUUAUUAUUAUUCUGAGAUGGAUUACCACUAUCAAUGAUAAUCUUAAUUUAAGUACAAAGGCUGAGAAUACUAAUGCACAUAGGAUGACAGGAGGUCUCUGAAAGAUCUGUCAUUUCCGCUUGAAUGUUUUUUAUUUAUUUUGGUUGUUGUUUAGCUCCAUCUGGUGGCCACAGUGCUCUUUUGGCUCUUAAUGUCUGUAACAGCAUAAAUGAUGUUCAGUUGAACCGUGUUGACAUUCUGGAUGAAGUCAGUCACGUAGGUCACUCGCUGAGCCACGUUGGCCAUUUAUCUUUCUUGUUUUAUUAGGUCUAAUUUAUUGCAAAAUUUGUUAUAACUUUGGUUUUACAUAAACAUUUCUUGUUGUAAAAUGGUUUUAUCUACAAGCGUGUGUCUCUGUUGGUUUAUUAUAUGGGCCUAUAAUUCUCUCUCAGUCUAUUUGUGCCCACGGUUACAUUUGUUCACUCAGACAGAUCUUCCAAACCCCAUGGUCUCCUGCAGCGAUUGUGCAAUAAAUUGAGGUUUAUAUUUUUA